AAUCCAUCGAGGAGGAGGGUCGAAGUACUUCAGAAGUAGCACCACUGGGGAACAUUACACUAUAGAGUGAAUCAUUUUUGGCAGAUGUGUUGUAUGUAGCUGUUUUUUGUCCCUCUCUCUCUAGUUUGAAAAUCUUGUGGAGAGUGAUGAGGCAGAAAGUCCAAGAGGUGCCCAGAGGUGUGUAUUGUGGUUGACGGGUCUGGGUGGUUUUAUUUGAAGAGCUAAAUCCGAGCUCCACUGUGUCAGCAGGGUCCAUUUAGAAUGACGAGUGCAGAAAUUGAUAGAACCGUUGCUUAUUUUAAAAAAAAAUUGUACAUUUUGUAGGAAAAUAAUGUUUUCAUGGUUGAACAUUUUUAUUAUCAUUUUAGUGAUGCGUACUAGUGAAAGUAGCUCAAGUCUAGUUUAAAAUAUGUGAUUCUUGGUUGUAAUAUGGUUCUGGUAUAUUAUUGAAACCUCCUGAAGAAUAUUAAAAUCAAUAAUCAAAACAGUAAAAACUAAGAAUCAUGCUGUGUUCAUAUUUAAGCAUGACCUGUAUGAUAUUUCAGGGAGGCUGGACAAUGCAAGAGAACCCAACAAAAAAGACUCGAAGUCACUUAAUCGCAAUUACAGAUGCAGCUAUGAAAAUGAGUCAUAUUAGGUUGCAUGGCAAUUCGCAAUAUGUGCCUGUUAAUGACUUCUGACAAUCGGCACCUCCUAAAUGUUUGUAUUUCAAAUAGCAUGAGGCAAGUAACAGUUACACAGGAGACAGAUGGUGCAGGAAUUGCUGGUUUAUUGGUCAUAAAACCUGCAAAAACAGGAACAGGGGUCAUGUGUUAUAGCUGACUGGCUGGGAGACACUGACACUUAUCGGGACAGAACAAAAGUACGACCUGGAAAAUUAUCACAGAACUGAAUCCACAUCUCUGUGAGCCAGUCUCACCAACAAAGGUGUGAACUUCACCUGCCUGGGCGGGGUUUGCAUUUAAAAACCACUUCAUCCACGGCCAGUACCACAAAAGCACAAAGCCUACUGUAAACCUGAGCCCCUGAGCAAGAGGGAAUAAUAAAUGAUGAGUCAUCUUUCAUCCUUUUACGAUUUUGCAGGGUCUGGAUGGGUUUAUGUAUGAAGAAAGCCAGAGGAUUAUCUCAGAUCACAAUGAAGCAGAGUGGCUGUUUGUCUCUUGUGGGAGUCAUUAGGUCCAUCGACUACUUAGCAUGGCCGUAAAAUGGCCAAGGAAUGUGAGGCUAUUUUGCAAAACCAGGGGCACUCAAUGGUACAAACACCGUUGCCCUAUGAUAUUCUGGCAUUUCAGUAUGAUAAUCAUCAAUGGCACUUACACAACUAUAUACAGUUCAGCACCUCUGUGACAACUGAACCUGCUCUGAAAGCAAAAGCUGAGCCAUAUAUAAGUGCAAAGGGCGUUUCCGUUAUUUUGUUUCCCCAUGUAAAUUAGCCAGAAAGCAUUGUUGUUGUGGAGGAAAAAUGUUAUACACUUCCAAUAGAAGUUCUUUAAAUUAUAUUUGAAUGAUUCUUUAAAGGAAAUUAACAAAAGUAAAACUUGCUAAAUAGUUUUUCUAGUUAGUAGUGCAUUUUUAUGACUGUCUAGACUGUCUAAUCCCUAUUUCAGCUCCUAUGUGUUGAGCUUAGUUUUUAUUAUUUUUUAAUAUGUUGGUUUUAUGAGGGUCCGUGUCCAAGAUUAGAGUAACAUAUUAUCCACUUCACCGUUCAUUGAGUUAAGUCCAUUUUCUGACAGUUUCUGUUCUUUGCUGGAAGUGGCUUGAAGGCUUUGAGUCACCCACUAGCUCGGUUAAAUAACGAAAAUGUACAGGCAGGUGCUGAUGGGUCCGGGUCACUUGUUGAAGAUGCUUUACAGGUGAUUUGUUUUUGAUGUUCUCGGGCCACAGGCCAAUCAAUGAGGAUGAGAUCACCUACCUGAGAGAGAACCGCUAUGCUGCUAUCACUGACAAGCAGCUGCUGAUUGACGGAAAGCUCCAAGCCGAGUUAGCGGCUCGGGAGGAGCAGUUAAAGGUAGAAGAGGAGGCUGAGUAUGCAGCCCAGCGCCAGGCUGCCAGGGUGGCCCAAAAGCGCAAGUGUGCUCAGUUGGUGAGAGACAAAGCUGACACUGAACGCCAUGGAGAGCAUCAGAAAACGACGGCUGGUAUAAGUGAUGGGGAGACGUGCCAGAGGAACACGAAGGCUCCAUUGGAGCAGUUUCGGAGCAGCAGGGUUUCCUCUGAGACGAACGCUGUCACACCCAACACAGAGAGCAGCUAUGACUUCACUACUAGGACACGCUCCACCAACGAUGACGGCACCUCUUUGGACCUGGAGUGGGAAGAUGAGGAGGGAAUGACGCGAGGGCUGGCGGUGUGCGAGCGCUCCCGCACUGAGGAGGACAUCCUGCGGGCGGCACUGCUGCCAGGGAGGGGCAAGGCAGCCAGCGGCCCGGCUUCUGCCUCGGAGGACUCCAACACGCUGGAGUGGGAGAAUGACUUCGUGCGGACACAUGCUGAGGACACGGGCGACUCGGAAAGUAAUGGCUUCUCCACUAUGCUGCUGGAGACCCCCCCAGGGAACCCCGACAAUACCUCAGUUUCAGACAGUCAGGACAGAUAGUCUUGGCUUGGACAGGAUGGGGAAAAAGUCUGGAAUUGAUUCAUAAAUCUGCAGUUCAGGUUCAUUGACACAUCUGCUGACAGUAGCCGUUUGGUGAUGUGAUUGUACCCAGUUUGGAGAUGUUUUUGGGUGAUUUAAUAGGUAGCCCUGCUAGAUGUUACAACAUGAAACACCAGCCCACAACAUCAAAUGGAUUUUAUUGUUCAGAGUUUGCAUUUUCAUCACUCAUUAGGAAUGAUGUUUGUUCAUUGUUUGUUCUUAUUCUCACUGGCCGUCCUUUCAGUAUUUUAUUUAAUUCAGCCUAUUUUUUGCCAGCGGACGGCGAACAGAAUCUGCUGUUACGGUUUUCAUAUGACCCAUGUUUCCCAUGCAGGUGUUUUUGAGUCAAGUGCAAUUUGUAGCUCAGUUGGAGUUGCCAGACUGUAUUCACCUUAAAAUCCACACAAGGAGACCCUGAGGGGCCCAUUACUGUGAACAUACAAGAAGCGAUGGACAAGUCAGCUGUGCACCUAUAAUUGGGACACAGUUUCAUUUUAUUCAAAGCUGGAGCCACAACUAAAUUCUCAACCCUGUACCAUCCCUCUUCCAGCUUUCCUCCAUGAACUCAGAGAGGGUGGUAAGAGAAGCAUCAACACUUUUGUACACUAGCAAUUUUCUACUUUUCAUUUGAAUUCAGGGAUGUGCACACAUUUUUUAAUCUCCUGCAAUUCUCUCCUCUUAUUUGCCAUCGCCGUCACUGGAAACAUCUGCAAAUAUCUAUUUUGUCGUGUGCUGCAGGGGUCUGUUUUGAAGUACAGUUAACAAAAGUUUGAUCUAUUUUUAUUAUUUAUUUAAUUUAUUCUUAUUCAGUGAAGAGGGAGGGCAAGUUGAUUGGACCUUUGGUUUCUUGUGGUUGCCUGCUCAUUUUGUUGGCUUUCAGUCGUGAAAUAUAAGGAAGUAACCUUGUGUUUUUAUUUCUGAGCCAUGGUAUAUGAGAAAUGUCCUCAUCUGUACAUAGUAUGAGUGGCUUGCAUUGAAACCUUGAAGUAUGCUUAUAGUAAAGAGCUUCAGCUGCUGCUUGAUAUCAGUCUUGAUCACCAGCAAUAAGCUGAAACGGAUUCUUUUUGCUCUGCUUUGUAGCAACAUCAGCACAAGUGAUCUUUAAAAAAAACUAAACAAAAACAAAGGCUUAGAAAGUCCUUUGUCUACAUUCCAAGAAGGCAAUGUCACAUGGUCACUUAUCACUUUCCAUUUUCAGUAACUGCUAAUUAGAUUAAGGUGAUCGACACCCUAAACUUAUCCAAGGCAACAGCAAGGUACAACCAUAGAUGGCAAAGGAAAGCUUGGAAUUGUCAGUUCAGCUGAACUGCAUGUCUCUGGGGGCGGAGCCAGAAUGAAUCAGCUGAGAUCUUGCUGUGACUCCCGAUGGGUGUCGUCGGGACUCCAUAUAUUGAGCAUGCACUAGGAGUCCUUACCCUCUGGCCGAACUGGUACUGCUGAAGGUCAGGCACAGUCCUGUCGGACUGGCUGAUGUUUGUAAAUAUUCUUGUGUGCACUAAAAUGAACAAUACUCAGUUUGACAAAAUUUCCUCAAAAAUGUACCUUUUUGAGUUGAAUGUGCUAGUGUGUUUUAUAAGCAACUGAGCCUUGAUAUGUUUACUUUAGGACACUGGAUUAAAAAAAAUAGUCCAGUGUUCAGUUUGUAUGUGUUUUGUCUAUGGCUACAAUCCAAAGUUGCUGUCCAUUAAGUCAUAUUAUGCAUUUAUGUCAUUCCAAAGUGGUACUUGGUAUAUGUACGGACAGGGGAGACUGAUAAGGGUGUAAAGUCCUUAAGACGUGAGGUGAGCUUUAGCACAACUUUUGGUUCAUAAGACUUUUUGGUUAGUUUUUAUGGAGAGCAAACUCUGGCUUAAAUUGGCGAUUUGAAAUUAGGAUUUUAUUUGUAGUUCUGAAUUGAAUGGAUGUAUAAUUCUAAUGUCUUAAGUCUUUAUAUACUUAUAUUUAUGACAGAAUGUCACGAAACACCCUUAACUCAAGGCCAAUGUUUUGGUAAAAUCCUGGUUGUUCAUUGGUGUGUAAAAGUAGGCGUGGCCAUGGAGUGCCAAUCAAAGCACAGGCCAAGGGUAUUAGUCCCGCUAUAUUUGUUAAAUGUGCAUAGCAUGUUCUAGUAUUAUUUAUGAACCUGUGCAUAAGCCUGUAUUAUGAGGUACUGUGAAGCAGGGUAAGAUAAUAUGUAUCUUCUGUAUGCUUAAGUAUCUUCUAUCCAAAAGCAGAACAUGCAUAGUGUUUGUUGAUCUGCCCACAAUUGACCUCUGACUUGCAAAGGACAGCUUAUGAUAUCAUUUGAUCAACUCAAAUGCCUUAAAAACUGCCGUUGCCUGGUCAAGCAAGGAGAUGACCGCAGGCUGCCAGGUUCUAUGGGAUCAUUAUGAAUUUCACGUUUGACUACAGAUGCUGAUAUUGUGCCGAACACUGCAUGUCAGACAAUACUCAGCAGGGGCUCUUUCCUGUUUAAGGAAGUGGACCUGUUGACAAGUUCUGAAAACCCAGAAAGGUCAUCACCAUCACUUGUUUCGGCAAAGUUGUUUUUACUUUAGUCAAGAAGUGAUCUGCACAUUUAGUGAUGUUGUUCCUCCUGCAAAUCAGAGGUUAAGUAAUAAGGGCUUACAUCUGCUUGCUUGGGAUAAGGGUGUCGGAGAGUGAACUGCAUUUGAGCCAGAGUUUUGCCUUUUGUGUACAACGCUAUGCAGGUCAAGAUACAUGUACUUGAACACUUUGGAAACGUUUGCUCUUGUGCAAUUGAUGGAUAUUGUUUUUAUUUAAUAAUGUUGUGAAGCUCUGCGUUGAAUUUUACUGCAAAUAAAAUGAAAAAUGAUCCUUUAAGAUGCAUCUUAAUGACUUAAUCUCAUUAAUUUUCAGCUAGGUUUUGCCUUAUAUUGACCUCAUAUUCCCCUGUGACAAGACCUUGAGAAUUUUUUAAAAUGCCACUUUGAUAUAUAAAAUACCAUAUUUUAAUAUUUUUAAUGAGUCCAACCACAAGAAUAUUCUAAA